AUGGCCACACCUCUCUGCCGCUUUGGGGACAUCAGAGGGACAUUUUCAAGUUUGGAGCUAAUGCUGGUGAAUGGAAGUGACCGGUGUCAGGGCCGAGUGGAGGUCCUGUACGAAGGCUGCUGGGGCACUGUGUGUGAUGACAGCUGGGACAUCAAUGACACUAACAUGGUCUUCAGGCAGCUUGCCUGUGGCUGGGCUGUCUCAGCUCCAGGAAAUGCUGGGUUCAGUCAGGGCUUAGGACAGAUAGUCCUGGACGAUGUGUGCUGUGUAGGACACGAGUCUUCCCUCAGGAGCUGCCCCCACACCGGCUGGCUCUCCCGCAGUUAUGAACACCAUGAGGACGCUGGUGUCCUCUGCUCAGGGUCAGUUCCAGGUUUGGAGCUAAGGCUGGUGAAUGGAGGUGACCGAUGUCAAGGCCGAGUGGAGGUCCUGUACCGAGGCUCCUGGGGCACCGUGUGUGAUGACAGCUGGGACAUCAAUGAUGCCAACGUGGUCUGCAGGCAGCUUGGCUGUGGCUGGGCUGUGUCAGCUCCAGGAAAUGCUAGGUUCGGUGAGGGCUCAGGACAGAUCGUCCUGGACGAUGUGCGCUGCUCAGGACACGAGUCCUUCCUGUGGAGCUGCCCCCACAACGGCUGGCUCUCCCACAACUGCAGACACACGGAGGACGCCGCCGUCAUCUGCUCAGGGACAGUUCCAGGUCUGGAACUAAGGCUGGCGAAUGGAGGUGACCGGUGUCAAGGCCGAGUGGAGGUCCUGUACCGAGGCUCCUGGGGCACCGUGUGUGAUGACAGCUGGGACACCAACGAUGCCAACGUGCCUCCCCAGGUGCAUCCACAACCGUCCCAGCACCCUAAGAGGACUCUGCUCCGGCUAAUUGCCAACAGCUACCACAGCUACGUGGUCGUAUGGGCUAGCUCACGACGUAGAUUUUUGCUUAGUGAUACUUUUGGGAUCAAAAGGACAUGGACAGAACCCGGUUCAGGUCUUCGACUGGUGAAUGGAGGUGACCGUUGUCAAGGCCGAGUGGAGGUCCUGUACCAAGGCUCCUGGGGCACCGUGUGUGAUGACAGCUGGGACAUCAAUGAUGCCAGUGUGGUGUGCAGGCAGCUUGGCUGUGGCUGGGCAGUGUCAGCUCCGGGAAGUGCCAGGUUCGGCCAGGGCUCAGGACAGAUCCUCCUGGACGAUGUGCGCUGCUCAGGACACGAGUACUACCUGUGGAGCUGCCCUCACAACGGCUGGUUCUCCCACAACUGUGGGCACAGUGAGGACGCCGGCGUCGUUUGCUCAGGUGGCAGUGCGUGGAGUUAGCCCAGACCUGGUUCAGAAACUUAGCUUGAUGUUUUAUGCAUGGCUGAGAAAUUCUCGUGCCCUUUCCUAGUGACAGGACCAGGGUCAGGCCUUCGACUGGUGAAUGGAGGUGGCCGGUGUCAGGGCCGAGUGGAGGUCCUGUACCGAGGCUCCUGGGGCACCGUGUGUGAUGACAGCUGGGACACCAAUGAUGCCAACGUGGUCUGCAGGCAGCUGGGCUGUGGCUGGGCUGUGUCAGCUCCGGGAAAUGCCAGGUUCGGUCAGGGCUCAGGACAGAUCCUCCUGGACGAUGUGCGCUGCUCAGGACACGAGCCCUACCUGUGGAGCUGCCCCCACAACGGCUGGCUCUCCCACAACUGCGGGCACAGUGAGGAUGCCGGAGUCAUCUGCUCAGGUGUGUGACAGUCCAGGCCUGUGCCCUCUCCUGGCAGUUCUCCUCUGAAUGAAAAAUUCUUGUUCUCUUUCCUAGGGACAGAAGGCGGUUCAGACCUGAGACUGGUGAAUGGAGGUGACCGGUGCCAGGGCCGAGUGGAAGUCCUGUACCGAGGCUCCUGGGGCACCGUGUGUGAUGACUUCUGGGACAACAAUGAUGCCAACGUGGUCUGCAGGCAGCUUGGCUGUGGCUGGGCUGUGUCAGCUCCGGGAAGUGCCAGGUUCGGUCAGGGCUCAGGACAGAUCCUCCUGGACGAUGUGAACUGCACAGGACACGAGCCCUACCUGUGGGACUGCCGUCACGGCGGCUGGCUCUCCCACAACUGCAGACACACGGAGGACGCCGGGGUCAUCUGCUCAGGUGGGCGUCAGAGGCCUUUCCCUGCUGUAGAUACUUGGCCCAGCACACAUACAACAACUUUAGAACCUGGUUCUGGUCUGAGACUAGUGAAUGGAGGUGACCGGUGUCAAGGCCGAGUGGAGGUUCUGUACCAAGGCUCCUGGGGCACCGUGUGUGAUGACAGCUGGGACACCAACGAUGCCAACGUGGUCUGCAGGCAGCUUGGCUGUGGCUGGGCUGUGUCAGCUCCAGGAAAUGCCAGGUUCGGCCAGGGCUCAGGACAGAUCCUCUUGGACGAUGUGCGCUGCGCAGGACACGAGUCCUUCCUGUGGAGCUGUCCCCACAACGGCUGGCUCUCCCACAACUGUGCACACUUUGAGGACGCCAGCGUCGUCUGCUCAGGUGAGCCUUCAAUGUCACUUCCUCCACCAGAGAUUCAGGAGAGAAUGAGCGUUUAUGCUUCCUUUCUAGGAUCAGAUUCUUCAUUGGCCCUGAGGCUGGUGAAUGGAAGUAACCAAUGUCAAGGGCGAGUGGAGGUCCUGUACCGAGGCUCCUGGGGCACCGUGUGUGAUGACAGCUGGGACAUCAAUGAUGCCAACGUGGUCUGCAGGCAACUUGGCUGUGGCUGGGCUGUGUCAGCUCCAGGAAAUGCCAGGUUCGGCCAGGGCUCAGGACAGAUUGUCCUGGAUGAUCUGCGCUGCUCAGGACACGAGUCCUUCCUGUGGAGCUGCCCCCACAACGGCUGGCUCUCCCACAACUGCGGACACUAUGAGGACGCCGGCGUCGUCUGCUCAGGACCUCCUUAUAACAUUGAGUACUUAUACAAUGCCAGCGGGACAAUCCACAGUCCCUACUACCCUGGAUUCUACCCCAACAAUGCUACCUACAUCUGGGAAAUACAAGUGAAUUAUAACUUCCGCAUCAACCUGGGCUUCAGAGAUGUCCAGUUGGAGAUGCACAGCAGUUGCAGUUAUGAUUACAUUGAAAUCUUUGAUGGACCACUGAACAGGAGCAAUUUACUGGGAAGGAUUUGUAGUAACACCAGCCGAAUAUUCACAUCUUCUUCCUACCGAAUGACUGUUCUAUUUCGGAGUGAUGUCAGUUUCCAAAACACUGGAUUUUCUGCUUGGUAUAACUCCUUCCCCCAGGAUGCCCAACUGAGAUUGGUCAAUUCCAACUCCUCCAGCAGCACAUGUGCUGGACGCGUGGAAGUUUACCACAGCGGGAGCUGGGGAACAGUUUGCGAUGAUUUCUGGGAUUUCCGAGAUGCUCAGGUGGUCUGCAGACAGCUGGGGUGCGGAAAUGCAACAGCAGUCCUGGGAGGUGCCUAUUUUGGCCCUGGCUUUGGCCCCAUCACCCUGGACGACGUGGAGUGCUCAGGGACGGAAUCAACACUCUGGCAAUGCCAGAACAGAGGCUGGUUCAGCCAUAACUGUGGGCACCACAAGGAUGCUGCCGUCAUCUGCUCAGGUACUGGCAAUAAUGUCUCCCUAGUGCCAUGACCUUUUCUAAACCCGUCUUGUAUUUCUGAAAAUUACUCCUGCGGGGGCUUCCUUUCCCAGUAUUCAGGGCAGAUUUCCAGCCCCCUCUACCCCGGGAACUAUCCAAACGGUGCCAACUGUCUCUGGAACAUUGAAGUCCAAAACAACUACCGCGUGACCAUCAUCUUCACGGAUGUCCAGCUGGAAGGCGGCUGCAACUAUGAUUACAUCGAAGUCUUCGACGGCCCCUCUCACAGUUCCCCACUCAUUGCUCGGGUGUGUAGCACUGGCUCCUUCGUAUCGUCGUCCAACUUCAUGGCCGUGCGUUUCGUCAGCGACCACAGCAUCACGAGGUCCGGCUUCCGGGCUGAGUACUAUUCCAGCCCUUCCAGCAGCAGCACCAAGCUGGUGUGUCUGCCGAAUCACAUGCAAGCCAUCGUGAGCCGGACCUACCUGCAGUCCCUGGGCUACUUGGUGGAGAGCCUUGAAGUCCCGGGCUGGAGCGGCAGCUCCGUGUGUCGGCCCCAGAUCACCCAGAGCCAGGUGAUAUUCAACAUCCCCUACACCAGCUGCGGCACCACCAGACAGGAAGAUAAUGAUACCAUCACCUAUUCCAAUCUCCUCAAAGCAACUCUUCCAGAGGGCAUCAUCAAAAGGAAGAAGGACCUCCACAUUCACGUCAGCUGCAAAAUGCUGCAGGACACCUGGGUGGACAUAAUGUACAUUGCUAAUGACACGCUCGAGGUCAAGGAGGUCCAGUAUAGCAAUUUCAAAGUCAACGUCUCCUUCUUCACCUCCCCGUCGUUCUCUUAUCCCGUGACCACCUACCCAUACUACGUGGACUUGAACCAGGAUCUGUACCUUCAGGCUGAAAUCGAGCAUUCCGAUGCCUCGCUAGCCUUGUUUGUGGACACCUGCGUGGCAUCACCAUAUCCCAAUGACUUUACAUCGCAGACUUAUGACCUCAUCAGAAGUGGGUGUGUGAAGGAUGAGACCUACCAAACGUACUCCCAGCAAUCACCCCACACCGCUCGCUUCAAAUUCAACUCUUUCUACUUCCUGAACCACUUCCCCACCGUCUACCUGCAUUGUCAGAUGGUCGUGUGCAGAGCCUAUGACUACACCUCCCGGUGCUACAGAGGCUGCAUGACAAGGUCCAAGAGGGACGUGGGCUCCUACCAGGAGAAGGUGGACGUGGUCUUGGGCCCCGUGCAGCUGCGUGUGCCAGAGAAGCGAAGUCUGGACCUGUCGGUAGGGGAACGUAAGCAGGAGGUGACCAGUGUCCAAGGACAAGAUGCUAAGGCAGCUGCCAUCUCCGUGGGGGUCUUCCUGGUCGUGGUGGUGGUGGUGGCAGCCUUCCUGCUGGGGAAGAGGAGGACACAAGCCCUCAGAAGCCAACCUCAGAGCUACAGAAUGUGA